AUGCAUACCUAUAAAUACUGUUGCUGUCCACACUCUGUCGCCGCAGAGUCCGCUGUUUGGGAGAGGGGAGUUCGUGGCAGAGUGGUUAACCAGUUACUGGAGGUGAAGUUGCCACUUUGCGCCUGCGAGGCCCUGGGUUCGAUUCCCACCGGCACCUAACCAAGGUGGCCCGAAGCAAUUCGUAGCUUACCUAGUUACUUCCUAGUUACUUAGUUACUUCCUUUU